GCGGAGAACAUGGGGCUACUUACGGGACUCAAGGCGUGCAUUCAUUUUGGCUGGACCCCACUUCAUGUGGUAGGAGACAGCAACCUCAUCAUUCAUCAGCAGAAGACGCGGACUCCGCCUCGAGCUAAGCACCUACAACCGCUAUAUUGGCAAAGCCGGCGGCUGGCAGACAAACUGGCGGUAAUGACGUGGCAGCACCACUUGCGUGCUCACAACAGAAUGGCGGACGCCCUCGCCAACAUGGCGAUGGACUCACGCCGCAGUUUUCAA